AUCUGGCCAGUGGCUUCCAUUCACUUUCCUAUUGUAUUACACUGCAGCAGAUAUGCUGUAAUAAGUUCCCCAGAACACCAAAAGAAAAAUCCCCGCGUGCAUCUCAUAACACUCUUCCUCGUCCAAAGCUCACCGUAUAUGUAAUUUAUACACACACACACAACAAGCACACGCAUCAAUACUAUAUCAAUACUAUAUAUUUCUUUUUUCUACCCUGGUUUUGCUUCUUAUACACGCAACUCAUGGUAGCUCCGCCAGGCCUCAACGCCGCCGCCACCGCAUUCCUCUUCCUCCUCACCAUCACCGUCGUCCGCUCCGACAAGCUCAAAACAUUCAAGGGCUCCUACGGCGUCACACGUUCCUUUGACGACAACAUCGACUACUACUACAGGAUCCUUAAACUAGACAAAAAUGCAACCAUACACAACAACGCUAUUCAGCUCACUCCGGACAGCUCCGGCAGCGGCGACAUAGUCCCCAAACAGAACCAGUCCGGCAGAGCCUUCUUGCCGCAAAAAUUCAAGCUCUGGAACGGAGACAGCAACACGACAAGAUUAGCUUCUUUCAACUCCUCGUUUCUUAUAAAUAUUUUCAGGCCUACCAAUGAUACUCCCGGUGAAGGCUUGGCUUUCUUUAUAGCUCCCAAUCUAAACUUGCCGUUGAAUAGUUAUGGUCAAUAUCUUGGUUUGACUAAUGCUUCUACGGAUAGCGAGGCUAGCAAUAAGAUUGUUGCGGUUGAGUUGGAUACAGCGAAGCAAGAUUUCGAUCCGGAUGAUAAUCAUGUUGGGCUUAAUAUAAACUCUGUUAGAUCAGUGAAGACUACUUCGUUGUCUCGGUUUGGGAUCGAGCUUGUGCCGAAGGGGACUAGGUUGUAUAAUGUGUGGGUGAAUUAUGACGGUGUGAAGAAGGUUCUAGAAGUUUACAUUGCGAAUUCUUCGAUAGAUGGGCCCACGCCGGCUAUGCCUGGUGAGCCUGUUUUGAAGCAAGAUCUGAAUCUGGCGCUUUAUGUUGAGCAGGAAUCGUAUUUUGGGUUUUCUGCGUCUACGGGGAGUGAUAUUCAGUUGAAUUGUGUGCGGAAAUGGAACCUCACGGUGACGUCUUACGUGAAAGAUGAAGUUCCGGUGUUGGCGAUUGCGUUGGGCGUGGGGAUUCCGGUGGUUGUGUUGUUGGUUGUGGGGGCGGGAUUUAUGGUGGUUUAUUUGAGGAAGAAGCGGAGGAAGAGGGGGAACAUUUCGUCGAAUAUCUUGGGGGCACUUCGGAGUUUGCCAGGGACACCGAGAGAGUUUAAGUUUAGGGAUUUGAAGAAAGCUACGAAUAAUUUUGAUGAUAAGUUUAAGUUGGGACAGGGGGGGUAUGGGGUUGUGUAUAGGGGUGUUUUGCCUGAUGAGGAGAAUUUGGAGGUGGCUGUCAAGUGGUUUUCCAGGGAAAGUCUUAAGGGCGAGGAUGAUUUCUUGGCCGAGCUUACGAUCAUCAAUCGGCUACGACACAAACAUCUUGUUCGGCUGCUUGGAUGGUGUUACAAGAACGAAAAGCUACUACUCUUGUAUGAAUACAUGCCUAAUGGAAGCCUUGACAUGCACCUCUUUGCGGAACCUGGAAAGCAGCCACUGAGCUGGGCACUGCGGUACAAAAUCGUCUCCGGGGUUGCCUCAGCUCUGCAUUAUCUUCAUAAUGAAUAUGAUGUAAGAGUGGUUCAUCGUGAUGUCAAAGCCAGCAAUAUCAUGCUUGAUUCCAACUUUAAUGCCCGGCUUGGCGACUUUGGCCUUGCACGUGCCCUGGACAAUGAAAAGACCUCUUAUAUGGAGGCUGAGGGAGUGCUAGGCACAGUUGGAUACAUCGCGCCAGAGUGUUUCCACACAGGAAGGGCCACCCAGAGAUCAGAUGUGUAUGCCUUUGGAGCCGUGCUGAUUGAAGUAGUAUGCGGACAGAGGCCUGGCACUAAAAUAGGCGGUUUUCAGUUCUUAGUAGACUGGGUUUGGUUUUUACAUCGAGACGGACGUAUACUUGACGCCGUCGAUGAAAGACUUGCUGGUGAUUAUGUAGCUGAGGAAGCUGAAAGGCUGUUGCUACUAGGGUUGGCUUGUUCACACCCAAUAGCCCAUGAAAGGCCUAAAACGCAAACCAUAGUUCAGAUUCUACUAGGGAACAUGCCAGUGCCACAUGUUCCACCAUUCAAGCCAGCUUUCAUAUGGCCUGCAAUGGGGCCAAUUGAAGAUGAUGAUCUUAGUCUGGCCACUACACUCGACACCACAUCCAUGACAACGUCGAAUUUAGGGUCAGCAUGGAGUACACAAAAUAUGGGCAAAGAUAGCCAUGAGCAAUCUCUGGUAUAAUUCUUUUUGUAAACAGAUGCUACGGACUACGGAGGGUGUGAUUUUUAGUUUUUCUUCACUUUUCAUGUAAACUUUCUCUUCUUUUUUUGUCAUUUUCUUUUCUUAAGUUUUUUCUUGUGGACCAAUUAAGAGGGUAAAGAGUGGUACGUGUACAAUUGUACUGGUGGUAUGAUUUUUAAUUUUUUUAGUCUCCCACUCUCCUUGUACUCGUACUUGUUAGGUUGUAUCAACUGUCUUCCAAGAAGAUAUAAUUAUUUGAACAUGAAGGUUUCGCAUA